AUAUACCGGGGGCCUUCGUCGGGUGGUUCGGUUGGCGUAUGCGCCAGUAGUAAAUCUCGUGUUUAUGUCGGACAUGCGGAAUCGAGUCAGUGCGCGUUAUCCCUUCUGACCAGGGACGGUACGCAGCUCCUUUCAGUGCGUUUCAGUGAUCGUAACCACGAGACCGCGCGGGCUUCUAUCGUUCCGUAGUUUCGGCAUUCACGAUUUCGCAGCGGUUCAGCCACGAAACGACAAUUUCCUCGUGUUACCCGGAGACCUGCGAAAAUACGAUCUGACUCGAGAGAGUGACAUCUUCGAGAGACGAGAGCUAGGCGAGAGAUCAGGCUCGGUGCGAACCGGAGGAAACGAAAAUCGUACAACGAACGGUGAAUCGUGAUCGCGUAGAUCCAGCGGGUUCUCAGAACCGUCGAGAAUUCGUUCGUGAAAUUUAAAUGGUAUAUAUGGUUAGUGGUUGUGUCGCCAUUGCCGGCGGUGUGCAGUGAGGGAAGCACAUCGUGUACCGAGCAGUACCGAGAGCGAGCGCGUACACCGCCUGCGCCAUUGCUCGGGAGCUACCGAAUCCAGCGGGGGGCAGCACUACGCGAGUCAGUCGACGGUCUGCCGGCGAGCAGUGCGGACGCGUCGUGGAAAAGAGAAGCGGUCUGCGAAACACGGAUAGAGAAAGCGAGAGAGAGAGAACGGGGCCAGAGGGGGAGAGAAAGAGAGCGAGAGAGAUAGAGACAGAGACGGUUUGUCGUCGUCGGUUGCCCGCAAAUAUUUGCUGGCACGGCCGCGAUUUCGCCCCACCGUCGGUGGCCAACGUUAAACGCGUCUCCCGCGGACACAGAAAGCGAUCUCGUCUCCCCUCUCGCCCGUGGUGUCCGGCCCGGCCCGGCCCGAUCCGACGAACGAACGAACGAACACCCUCCCCAUCCCUCGGCCGCGCGGACCGAGCGUUACCCGCUGUUCUAGCAGCGCCGCGGCGGUUCCCCUCUAUUGAUCGAAUUCGACCAGCGAAGUUUCCCCUAGCGUGUGCGGUAGUGGCGGCCGGCAGUGGCUCUCGCGCUUACGUUCCUCGGUUGGUGCGGUAAAUAAUCGCGAUACCUCGGCAUGGCUACUCCGACCGCUUGCACGCGGUUCAGUGACAACUACGACCUGAAGGAGGAGCUGGGCAAAGGUGCCUUCUCGGUGGUGCGACGAUGCGUUCAAAAGAGCACCGGCCACGAGUUCGCGGCGAAAAUCAUAAAUACCAAAAAGCUCACGGCCAGAGACUUUCAGAAACUCGAACGUGAGGCGCGGAUAUGCAGGAAGCUGCAGCACCAGAAUAUCGUGAGAUUACACGACAGCAUACAGGAGGAGAACUGCCAUUACCUCGUGUUUGACCUAGUUACCGGCGGAGAACUGUUCGAGGAUAUCGUCGCGCGGGAGUUCUACAGCGAAGCGGACGCCUCGCAUUGUAUCCAACAAAUCCUGGAGAGCGUACACCACUGCCACCACAACGGAGUCGUGCACAGGGACCUGAAACCCGAGAAUCUGCUGCUGGCGAGUAAGGCGAAAGGCGCGGCUGUGAAAUUAGCGGACUUCGGUUUGGCGAUCGAGGUGCAGGGCGACGCACAGGCAUGGUUCGGUUUCGCCGGGACGCCCGGUUACCUCAGCCCGGAAGUGCUCAAGAAAGAGCCCUACGGCAAGCCGGUGGACAUCUGGGCAUGCGGUGUCAUCCUCUACAUCCUCCUGGUCGGUUAUCCGCCGUUCUGGGACGAGGACCAGCACCGGUUGUACGCGCAGAUCAAGGCUGGAUCCUACGACUAUCCCAGUCCAGAAUGGGACACCGUCACGCCGGAAGCCAAGAACCUGAUCAAUCAGAUGCUGACGGUGAACCCGAGCAAAAGGAUCACCGCCAGCGAGGCACUCAAGCACCCAUGGAUCUGCCAACGGGAGCGUGUCGCCUCGGUCGUCCACAGGCAAGAGACCGUGGAAUGUUUGAAGAAAUUCAACGCAAGGCGCAAAUUAAAGGUCGCUAUUCUGACGACCAUGUUGGCGACGAGGAACUUUUCCAGUAAGUAUGAUGCACAGGGUCGGAGCACGAAGAAGGGCGACGGCUCUCAGGUGAAGGAAUCGACCGACAGCAGCACAACGAUCGAGGACGAUGACGUUAAAGAGGAUAAGAAGGGCGGCGUCGACCGGAGCAGCACGGUCAUUGCCAAAGAACCCGAAGCUGGCAUCGCAGGGAGCGGUAGCAGCAGCGGUAGCAGCAGCAACAGCCAGAACAGCCAGACAGGCGCCUCGCCGUCAUCCCCCGCAGCUGUCUUCAUCGGAAACAACCACGCGACGACGCCCACGGCAUCGUCGCGACGCUACGACUCCGCGAGCAACGAACCGGAAGUUCGACGAGUCGGGACGGCUGGACACGUGCAGCAUGGCCAGGCCGAGGGUGGUCACACGGAAGACGCACGCCGUCAGGAGAUCAUCAAGAUGACCGAGCAGCUGAUCGAGAGCAUCAACACCGGCGACUUCGAGGCGUACACGAAAAUCUGUGAUCCACACCUGACCGCGUUCGAGCCGGAGGCUCUAGGUAAUUUAGUCGAGGGAAUGGAUUUCCACAAAUUUUACUUUGAUAAUGCAGUCCUGGGGAAGAACUGCAAGGCCGUGAACACGACGAUCCUGAAUCCCCACGUGCACCUGCUGGGCGAGGACGCCGCGUGCAUCGCGUACGUCAGGCUGACGCAAUACAUGGACAAACAAGGUGUCGCACACACUCAACAGAGCGAGGAGAGCCGCGUGUGGCACAAGAGGGACAACAAAUGGCAGAACGUGCAUUUCCAUCGGAGCGCGGUGACGGGACCGUCGCCGUUCUCCUUCAGCCACAAGUAAAUCGGCGAGCAGCCGCGCGGGGGAGGAAGAGUAGAAGCGGAUGUUGAGGUCGGAGAGGAUGGAAGCAGAAGCAGAGGAAGAGAAGAGUUAGCGCAUGAAAAAGGAAACGAGGGAAGGAAGAGGAAGAAGAGAAGAAGAAGAAGAGCCGACGUGUCGGUGGACGCUCGUCGCCUCGACGCGUGGACCGAACGAGCCGUGCGAGAACCUGAAAAGCCACAACACGAUUCUACACGAGGAACUCUCUUUCUCACACACGAACAUACCGCAGAAACAGAUACACGCGAGAAACGCAGUAGACGCGCGACGAACGAACCUCGUACCGGUUUCUCCGUAGAUCGAUAAAUAUAUAUACAGUGAACGCGCGGGUUUGCGCGUAGAUUUAUUGGAUUCGUCGAUCGACAAGACUCCUACGCACGCUUCGGCGUCGAAGGGAAAUUGCCGAAACGAUCGUUCGACGCCGGAAAUCCUCCGCGAACAUUCGACAAGCUUAGAAGCCAAUCUCUCGCCGUCGAUCGCAGAAACCGUGGCUGUAAUUAUCGCGUCGAGAAGAGACACGCUGGUUAGAAGGAUCCUGGAUGAUCAAAGAACUCGAGAGAGAGAGAGAGAAAGAUAACGGCUGCGUCGAUAACACGAGGAAGGGGUAAAGGACAGCCAUGGAACAGAGAUACAAGAGCAGAGAAAAGGUGCGAUCGAUCGACAGAGAAAACAGGGCCAUAAACGACAAGCCAUACCAAAAAAAGGGAUUAGAAACGGUCGCUGCGGUCGGAUAAUAAGAAACAAGCUCGGGGAGCAAGAGUGGUGGCAUGUCGUAGGGGUGAGGACCGGCAAACCGAGCGGGAAGGUGUUCCAGUCGAGUCGGUGCUGGGUACCGACGCGGAAGUAGGACCGGGAUAGUCCGUGGCAGAGGUUCGCGAUCGACGAGAUUGCGCCGGCAUGUCGGCAUCCACGUAUAAUUUAGUUCGUACGAUAGUCGCUGUACAGAACAAUCUUCCAUGUAACACUUUUCUUCGAAUUUUCGUUCUCGUCUCUCGUUACGACGGUACCAAGUUAUUCAUGUAUUAUCGAGCACGCGCGACAUACACACACGUACACACACGUACACACAUACAGACGCAGAGACACAUAGGUACACGCGUCUAGCGAUUCGAAGAUCGUUAGUGCAUUGUCGCGGGCAUUGUUGGUGAAUUGUGCGCGGACGGUGGAGUUCUGUUGGAGUUCGUCGUCGACAGCUGCUGUGUGCAGACUUCUUCGCGGUAUAUAAUUUAUUGGAAGUCUCCGGAUCUUUGAAAACCUUGGUCGUGCUUGGAAUCGAUUUAAUCGUGCAUGAUAUUACUAAAUUUCUAUUGUCUAGAUCAAGUUAGUCGGAUAUAUCGCGUUUUUCAGUCGUAUAAAAAUUGCUUGAUUCAAUUAGAACAUACAGAUUCGACGCUUAAAAUUGAGGCAAAGCAGUAUUCUAUUAAAUUCGUUGAAUCAUUUUUACAAUCUGCUUGCAAGGUAGAGCGAAGAACCUCAACGCGAUGUCACUGCAUUAAAAGCGUAAUUCAAAUCCUAUUUAAGCAACCUUGUCGAUCGGUAGCCAUUUUAGCAUUGAUCACAAGGUUCGCCAAAGCCCCGCACGAUCUCCUAGCCGCGAAAGGGUUGAAAGUAGAGGUCGAGAUUUCCGCAUACAAAGACACGAUCCACAGACAAACACAUAUACACACCAUACACACACACAUACACACACACACACAAAGAUAGAAAACGCGCGAUCGUCCGAGAGAUGGAAGAGCGAUCUUUAAACGUUGUUACCUCAUUGUGAGACGGUCUCGCGGCUGCAGUGACGCGCGGCAGAAGCCAUAAAGCUAAAGAAACGUAGAACGCAGUCGACAGGCAGACGCAUAAAAAGAGAGAGAGAAACCCGAGGUUGAUAAUUAGAAGGUAGAGGUGUUCGCGAAGCAACGAACAGAUAGAACGAAGAAGAAGCGAGACGUCGAGGAGGGGAAAGAAAAGAUGUCUAAAGGGAAAAUACAAGAGAGAGAGAGAGAGGAGAGAGGAGAGAAUAGAGAGCGUGGUUCUAAAUACUAAUGCCUGUCUUCGGAGGAAGAUAUCAACGAUCCACGAAGAAUCGUGGAACAAAGUCGUGACUUCCCCCCAUUCGCGUUGACACUCGACGUUGACGCGCGUACGCCGCGCGCGUAUACAUGUAUAGAUACAUCUAUAUAUAUAUACACACACAUCGAUCCGCUUCCGGUCGUUGGUCAGGACCGACGAGGGACGAAACUCGCGAGAAAGAGAGAAAAAUCGUCGAAUCUCUCGGCCUUUGGACCGGCGGAAUCCGGCUGGUGAUCGAACAGUUUUUUUGUCGAAUUUACCUUCAUUAAACACGAGAAUAAUGAAUCUUUCUA